AUGGAUUGUCUGGAAGACCACCAGUUUCUAGAGAGCUUCAAGAGAAAACGUGUCAAACUUACUCUUAAGAGUGCGACAUUCGUGGGAAUUAUUCAACGAAUCAACCUCAACAAAACAAUUAUUUUAGAAAGUGUCGAAGAGGUGAACAGCGGAAGAAAAUUCCCAGGUGUGAAACUGUUCUUUGGACACGAAAUUCAGAAUGAUGUUGACGAUGAUGAAGAGUGUGUCAGCUUUGCGGUCAUUGAUGAUUUCCGUGAGAUGUUUGGACCUGCUGUGAUGCAUAUUCGUAAACAGCAGGUUAUCGGAAUAGGAACUGACGGUGUUGGAGAAUUUCACCAGGAGAGACUCUGCUGGCUUCAGAUUGCCACUAAGAAGAAGGUUUACCUCUUUGACAUCCUGUUGCUAGGAGCCAGAGCUUUUAAGAAUGGCUUGUCCAUGAUUCUGGAGAACAACCACAUAUUGAAGGUCGUUCACGACUGCCGGGGUAUUGCCAGAUGUCUCGUUGCUCAAUUUGGGGUGAAUCUCACCAAUGUGUUCGACACACAGGUUGCUGAUGUGAUGUACUUCUACACAGAGACCGGAGGCUUUCUGCCAGACAGGCUUAGCACCCUACAGGAAGUCCUCAGUCUUUACUUAAAAAUACCAGCCAGUCACACCUCCUCUCUGAAAACCAAGUCUCAGCUCACUAAGGAGGACAAAGAGCUGUGGUAUGUUCGACCUUGCCCCGUGUCCCUGUUGAAGGUCAUGUCCUUGUCAGUUGUCCAUCUGCAACCUUUACGUCUGGUGCUUCUGGAUGCACUGAUGUACGAUUACACCAGUCUGGUUGAUUCUUACUUGGGCUGCAGCAAAGAUGAGUACGUCCACGUGCAGUACAUUGGCAAGAGUGGCCUUAAGCUUCCGAAAGAGCUUCAGGAGCUUCUGGUGAUUUGGCGGGAACGCCGGGAUUGGGCAGUGGAGCGCUAUCCUAUGACUGAGGAGGGCCUGUUGGACCGCUCCAACCCAAAACCCUCACCCCACCCAGAGGCUUCGAUCUCACGGACCUCUGGCCCGAGUGAGCAUGGUCAACUCAGUCCUGGAUCCCAGCCAGAGGAAACCAAAGCACAGACAGGACUACAGGCGUCGGCAGACAACAACAGUGACAUCACAGGUCAGAGCGGUUAUCUUUCACCCACAACCCUAUCGCUAGGGGCAACCACCGUGGGCCCCAGGAAGGAGACAUGCUUGGCAGACACACCAGUAUCUUCAACAGGAGGCUCAGGACUGUUGGAGGCAGUGAUGGACACAAUGAGGAGCGCAACACUAUCAGAUGACGAGACGACAUGCGCCCACACACCCGUGCCCACCUCUACAUUCACCCUUGCCCCGAAACUCGCCACCUUACCCAGCAUAGGACGAGGACUCUCCCUCCCCAUCCUGGCCCAGGGCCCUGUGCAGACCCGGAGCGUGGGAGAGAAGGCAGAGACAGAGGUAAUGGUGGGCUCCUCUAUCUCAAAGCCCCUCUCCACCAUGGAAGGAGUGACCAAACAGGAUGUCUGCCUCGCUCCCAUGCCAGCUGCUGAAAGCAGGCUCCACCAGAGACCUCAAAUCUUGACUUCACCUCUCAAUCUCUCCUUUUGCACCUUCAGAAAUGACAAAUAA